AUCUACGUUAAUCCACAACCACUGGUUGAUGAAAUAUUUAUCAGACUGCUCAGUUGCCAAGUCACGCACUCUCCCAAACAACAUAAACAUGGACAUCAUAGGUGGGCUCCAUCUUUCUGUUAUAAAAGCCCCUAAUUCCCAACCUUCUCAAGCACCAUAGUGAGAGUAACCUGUAAUCAAGUAUACCGAGUGAGUUGAGAGAAACACCAAAGAUGGCUUCCAAAUCUUCAACCUCACCAGCAUUUCUCUUUUCAAUCAUUUUGGCUCUUGUGGUCGGCAUCAACGGUGGUGGAAUUUCUAUCUAUUGGGGUCAGAAUGGCAACGAAGGCACUCUAGCUGACACUUGUGCCUCCGGAAACUACAAGUUUGUUAACCUAGCUUUUCUAUGUGUCUUCGGCAAUGGCCAGACUCCCGUGAUCAAUCUCGCCGGCCACUGCGAUCCUUCUAGCGGAGGAUGCACCGGAUUGAGCUCUGAGAUCAAAUCUUGCCAAGCUAGCGGAGUCAAGGUGAUACUCUCGAUCGGAGGAGGUGCAGGAAGUUACUAUCUCACUUCCGCCGAGGAUGCUAGACAGGUCGCGACUUAUCUGUGGGACAACUUCCUAGGAGGCACCUCCUCAUCUAGGCCACUUGGGGACGCGGUGCUCGACGGCAUCGAUUUCGACAUCGAAGGAGGCACAAGUCAACAUUGGGAUGAUCUGGCUAGGUACUUGUCUGCAUAUAGCAGCGGGGGGAAGAAGGUGUACUUGACUGCAGCCCCUCAGUGUCCUUAUCCGGACGCUUGGGUUGGAGGUGCCCUUCAGACAGGCUUAUUUGACUAUGUCUGGGUCCAAUUUUACAACAAUCCUCCGUGCGAGUACAGUUCUGGGAACAUGGGUAAUUUAGAAGAUGCAUGGAAGCAAUGGACUUCGAUUCCCGCCAGCGAAAUUUUCUUGGGAUUGCCCGCGGCUCCGGAUGCAGCUGGCAAUGGUUUUAUUCCCGUAUUGGAUCUUACUUCCAAAGUACUGCCCGCCAUCAAAGGAUCUGCCAAGUAUGGAGGCGUGAUGCUGUGGUCCAAAUAUUAUGAUGAUCAAACUGGAUACAGCUCUUCCAUCAAGGGAUCUGUCUGAAGGUGAAUUUUACCUCGUGUAAUACUCUGUAAUAAGCUAAGCUACCUUUCUUGCGUGCAAAUAUGUCUCGUCACUACUCAUGUGAAAUCUCCUCAUGUAAUCACAGAUAUUGAUCACAGU